AAAAAGGAAGGAGUCGAGAGCGGAAGUUAAACUGUUGUUCAUCUGCUAGUGAGUGUGCACGUCGUUGCAGCAACGAUGGCUACCUCUGGAGCAAAACAAACACCUAAACUUGUCUCCAAAACCAGCGCGGGGGGCACAGGGGCGAGUGGCGCGCCCCCUGUAAUACCUCUUGCCUCUCCGCUUAUGGGGAAAAAGAAGAAGCCGUUUCUGGGGAUGCCCGCUCCGCUAGGUUACGUUCCUGGUCUCGGCAGAGGUGCCACAGGAUUCACCACCCGCUCCGACAUUGGUCCUGCUCGGGAUGCCAACGACCCCGUGGAUGAUCGGCAUGCUCCCCCAGGGAAGAGGACGGUUGGUGACCAGAUGAAGAAGAAUCAGGAUGAUGAUGACGAGGAUCUAAACGACACCAACUAUGACGAGUUUAAUGGUUACGCUGGCAGCUUGUUCUCCAGUGGGCCUUAUGAAAAGGACGAUGAAGAAGCAGAUGCUAUAUAUGCGGCACUUGACAAGAGAAUGGAUGAACGGCGCAAAGAAAGAAGGGAGCUGAGAGAAAAGGAAGAAAUAGAAAAAUAUCGUAUGGAGCGUCCUAAAAUCCAACAGCAGUUCUCAGAUCUGAAGAGAAAACUAGCAGAGGUGUCGGAGGAGGAGUGGCUGAGCAUCCCUGAAGUUGGAGAUGCCAGGAACAAGCGACAGAGGAAUCCUCGCUUUGAGAAGCUCACCCCGGUCCCUGACAGCUUCUUCUCUAAACACCUGCAGACCGGAGAAAACCACACAUCUGUUGAUCCGUUACAAGGGCUGGGCGGUCUGAACACACCAUACCCAGGCAGCAUGACUCCUGGAACUGGAGACUUGGAUAUGAGGAAAAUCGGUCAAGCCAGAAACACUCUCAUGGAUAUGAGGCUCAGCCAGGUAUCUGAUUCAGUCAGUGGACAGACAGUGGUGGAUCCUAAGGGUUACCUGACAGAUCUCAACUCCAUGAUCCCCACUUAUGGAGGAGACAUCAGCGACAUCAAGAAGGCUCGCCUGCUGUUGAAAUCUGUGAGAGAGACUAAUCCCCAUCACCCGCCGGCCUGGAUUGCUUCUGCCAGGCUUGAAGAGGUGACGGGCAAGCUGCAGGUCGCCAGGAACUUGAUCAUGAAGGGCACAGAGAUGUGUCCUAAGAGUGAGGACGUGUGGCUAGAGGCAGCAAGGCUCCAACCUGGUGAUACGGCUAAAGCUGUGGUUGCUCAGGCUGUUCGCCACCUCCCACAGUCUGUCCGCAUCUACAUCAGGGCUGCUGAGCUCGAAACAGACAUCCGUGCUAAGAAGAGGGUCCUCAGAAAGGCCUUGGAAAAUGUAUCGAAGUCAGUUCGGCUGUGGAAGACGUCUGUGGAGCUGGAGGAGCCGGAGGAUGCCCGGAUCAUGCUCAGCAGAGCGGUGGAGUGCUGUCCUACAAGUGUGGAGCUGUGGCUGGCGCUGGCUCACCUGGAAACCUACGAGAACGCCCGUCGGGUCUUGAAUAAGGCUCGAGAGAAUAUCCCCACUGACCGCCACAUCUGGAUCACAGCUGCAAAGCUGGAGGAGGCCAACGGCAACACUCAGAUGGUGGAGAAGAUCAUCGACAGAGCUAUCACCUCUCUGAGGGCAAACGGCGUGGAGAUCAACAGAGAGCAGUGGAUCCAGGAUGCAGAAGAAUGUGACAAAGCAGGCAGCGUGGCGACUUGCCAGGCUGUGAUAAGGGCCGUCAUCGGGAUCGGCAUUGAAGAGGAGGACCGCAAACACACCUGGAUGGAGGAUUCAGACAGCUGUGUGGCUCAUGGAGCGCUGGAGUGUGCCAGGGCCAUCUACGCCCACGCCCUGCAGGUGUUCCCCAGUAAGAAGAGCGUCUGGCUCAGAGCGGCCUACUUUGAGAAGAACCACGGCACCAGAGAGUCUCUGGAGGCCCUGCUGCAGAGAGCCGUGGCUCACUGUCCUAAAGCAGAGGUCCUGUGGCUGAUGGGUGCCAAGUCCAAGUGGCUGGCUGAAGACGUGCCAGCAGCUAGAAGUAUUCUUGCUCUUGCCUUUCAGGCUAACCCCAACAGUGAGGAAAUCUGGCUGGCUGCUGUCAAACUGGAGUCUGAGAAUAAUGAGUAUGAGAGAGCCCGUCGACUGCUGGCCAAGGCUCGCAGCAGCGCGCCGACCGCUCGGGUGUUUAUGAAAUCUGUCAAGUUGGAGUGGGUGUUGGGAAACAUAGAAGCUGCCCAGGAGCUGUGCACCGAGGCCCUCAAACACUAUGAGGACUUCCCCAAGCUGUGGAUGAUGCGAGGACAGAUAGAGGAGCAGUGUGAGAGCAUGGACAAGGCCAGGGAGGCGUAUAACCAAGGGCUGAAAAAGUGUCCCCACUCGGUGCCCCUGUGGCUGCUGCUGUCUCGGCUAGAAGAGAGGGUGGGACAGCUGACCAGAGCCAGAGCCAUCCUGGAGAAGGCUCGACUCAAGAACUCUCAGAGCCCGGAGCUGUGGCUGGAGUCUGUCAGACUGGAGUUCAGGGCUGGACUGAAGAACAUUGCCAACACAUUAAUGGCCAAAGCCCUGCAGGAGUGUCCAAACUCGGGCAUCCUGUGGGCUGAGGCGGUGUUCUUAGAGGCCAGACCCCAGAGGAAGACAAAGAGUGUGGAUGCCCUGAAGAAGUGUGAACACGACCCCCACGUGCUGCUGGCUGUGGCAAAAUUGUUCUGGAGUGAACGUAAGAUCACCAAAGCUAGAGAGUGGUUCCUCAGGACGGUGAAGAUCGAGCCGGACCUGGGAGAUGCUUGGGCUCUGUUCUACAAGUUUGAGCUGCAGCAUGGCACAGAGGAGCAGCAGGAAGAAGUGCGAAAGCGAUGCGAGAAUGCCGAGCCCCGUCAUGGAGAGCUGUGGUGCGCUGAGUCCAAACACGUCCUGAACUGGCAGAAGAAGACAGGAGAGAUAUUGAUGCAGGUAGCAAGCAAGAUCAAGAACACCUUCUGAGACGGAAACACCUGGAGGACGCUGGCAGUCACCUGUCCAGCUGUUAUGGACAUGCUUGUUCUCUACCAGGACUUCACAGAUGUUUGUAUUUGUUUACCGAAACAGAACUCAGCAUAUUUUAAUUAAAAGUUUCUCUAUAAACAUCAGAGUGAGUGAUCACCCCAUCCCUGAAGUGAAAAUGUUAAUGCAUCUGGCAGAAGUGACUGUUUUUGUGGAAGCGUUGCUUAGUGACACCAGAUGGAUCAAAGUCGUUGCUCGGACAUUUGUUUUUUUAUUGUUUUGUCUUUUGUAAAGUAAAACUCCCACCAGGUGUGUUUAAACUACUAGAUGGUGUCUUUUGAGUUUUAAUGUUUUUCUCUCUUCCACCCUCGUUAUAAUGAUUCCAUCACCAUGCACCAGGCUAGAUUAACAUUAAAUCUAGAUUAAUAUGCUAGUCCCGUAUCAUCCCCACUCACAUUCAUUCAGCAGCAUUCUCAUUUAUUUAUUUUUUAACUGAAUCUUCCAGUCUCAUAAACACGUCCCAGACUUUUUGUCGCAUUUGCUGAAUAAAACCACCUUCCUAAGAAGGAAUAAGGAUUGUUGGUGUUCUGCUGCCAGCUCAGCCGGUGAGAGGUUCAAAUUUAUUUUGCGGAAUGAACCAAACUUCUUUUUGUUAAGGAUCAUUGGUCCAGAGGAUGCUGCUGUUGCUAAUCUGUCUUGUAUCUGAUGUGCUUCAGUGCAGCUGGACGUCAUAGUUGGUGUUCUGGCUUUUGCCUGAUCAGAUGAUUGCUGCAGACUGUUAUAGUAAAGUAUCUCAGCAGAAUCCUGGGUUGUCCAGUAUAAAAUAAAGUCGGCCGAAGCACUUGC